AAAGCCAUCGGAGACGUUGAAUUUCAAAAGUUUAAAAUCUUACAAAUUUGUGUGGGGGAGCUUCUAGGGCAUGGCGGCCAUGGCGUGGUGUGCGCCUGGGCGAUCCUUGGCGCCGCCACCAUGGCGAUCGCAGCAGCUUGAGAAUCGUCCUCCAGCUCGAUUUCACCAUGUCCGCGCGGCGGCCGGGAGGAAUUUCGACGAUCAACAGCCGAUGGACGCCGAGCCCAAUUGCGACAGCGAUGAGAGGCUCCGCUCUGGGCCUUUUUCGUUCGUCACCGAUAAUGCGUCUAGCCGGGGCUCACUCCAGAUGCCCAAUGAGCCGUGGCAAGAUGGAAACGUUGGUGUCAUGAUGUCGCAAAUCAAGGACAAAGGAAGAGACUUUGGAUCGUUCAUGGAUGUUGGAGAAUUUAGCUGGUUCGUUCGAGAAACAGGAUCAAAGAGUGCAAAAAAGGGAACAAUCGUGUUCCUUCACGGAGCACCUUCUCAAUCCUACAGCUAUCGAAAUGUUAUGACCCAGAUGGCUGAUGCUGGCUAUCGCUGCAUUGCUCCCGACUGGCUUGGUUUCGGACUCAGCCAAGCACCGCAGCCUGUUUUCAGGUUUUCCUACACAGAGGAAGCAUAUCACGAGGAGCUGAACAAGGUGCUCGCACAAGUCGAAGUAGAAUCACCAUUUAUUCUCGUCACUCAGGGAUUUCUUGUUGGAUCUUUUGGACUAACGUGGGCCCUUAAGAACACGGAAAGAGUUUCCAAGCUGGUGAUCUUAAACACCCCGCUGACACCAUCGGCUCCACUGCCUGGUCUGUUCAAUCAGCUGAGGCUUCCGUUCCUUGGAGAAUUCAUAUCUCAGGACGCCAUGAUGGCCGAAAAGUUUAUAGAGAAAGGAAGUGCGUAUGUGCUCAAGGUGGAAAAGGCGGAUGUGUAUAGGCUCCCUUACUUGGGAAGCAGUGGACCUGGAUUCGCGCUUCUGGAAGCUGCUCGCAAGGUUUCGUUUCCAAGCUUGAUGUCAACUAUUUCGGCAGGUUUCAAGAGUUGGAGCAAACCCACUCUGGUGGCAUGGGGACAGGAAGAUAAGUACUUGCCAAAAACCCAAGCUAUGGAGUUCGAGAAGCUCAAUCCAGAUGUUAUACGCACGGUUCUCAUGGAAGGCGCUGGCCACAUGCCCCAAGAAGACUGGCCCGAGAAAGUUGUAGAAGCUCUAGCCGCUUUUCUCUAGCUCCAAGAAGGAGCAAUGUCUAUCAAGGUUUUUAAAUCUUUUUGCUAUUGCCGAGAACGUAAA